CCUAGUGCCAUCUUGAAUUUUCCUAAUUCACUUGUGGGAGGAUGCCUACUGAGAAAAAGGUUAAGGACUCAGGAUGCUGUUGCUGCAAGCCCUUCUACUGCUAUUAGGCCUGCUUAGUCAUGCCCAAGAUGUUACUACUGAAGGGCCAGGAGCCCUGCUUCCCAUGCCCAAGGGGGCCUGUGCAGGUUGGAUGGCAGGCAUCCCAGGGCAUCCUGGUCAUAAUGGAACCCCAGGCCGUGAUGGAAGAGAUGGCACCCCUGGUGAGAAGGGUGAGAAGGGAGAUGCAGGUCUUGUUGGUCCUAAGGGUGACACUGGUGAAAUUGGAGUGACUGGGGCUGAAGGUCCCCGAGGCUUUCCAGGAAUCCCAGGCAGGAAAGGAGAACCUGGAGAAGGUGCUUACGUAUACCGGUCAGCAUUCAGUGUGGGACUGGAAACCAAGGACACCAUCCCCAAUGUUCCCAUUCGUUUUACCAAGAUCUUCUACAAUCAGCAAAACCACUAUGAUGGCACCACUGGCAAAUUCCACUGCAACAUUCCUGGGCUGUACUACUUCUCCUACCAUAUCACRGUCUACCUGAAGGAUGUGAAGGUCAGCCUCUUCAAGAAGGACAAAGCUACGCUCUUCACCUAUGACCAGUACCAGGACAAGAAUGUGGACCAGGCCUCUGGCUCUGUGCUCCUUCAUCUGGAGGUGGGCGAUCAAGUCUGGCUUCAGGUGUAUGGGGAUGGAGAACAUAAUGGAGUCUAUGCUGACAAUGUUAAUGACUCUACCUUCACAGGAUUUCUUCUCUACCAUGACACCAACUGAUCACUACUCACUCUGAGCCUCCACCAGACCCAACAGUCAAAAAGUCAAUUAAAGAACCGUCAACAUCUUUCAGCAUAGCAAAGAGAUUGAUUUUAUUGUUCAGUAUGAGAAUUUUAAACAUUAUUGGUCCAUUUACUCAUUAGUUAAUUAAUUAGGAUAGGAUUUGGUUAUGUGGAGARAAUGAGGUGGAAUUAAUUUUCACAAAAGUCAUGUACUGUUGUUUCUAGUCUUGAAGAUGAUAUGAUUCCUGGCCUCCAGGAUCUCUUAUGUAGUAGUAAUAAUAGAAUAAUAAUAACAAGUACUGAGGGAGUAUCACCCUGUAAUGACUGCCAAGAAGUAGGUGACAAUGCUAUUUUGUGCCCACUGUGUCUCCUGACAUUCAUGCCAAUCCUAUAAAGUAUACAGGAAAGACACUAAUCUCCUCUUUUUACAGUUGGGGUCCUGAGGUUGAGAAUUAAGUGGCAGAGUUAAAAAUCAAACCCAGAGCCUUGGACUUUUCUUACCAGACUGUUUUCCCUUGUAGAAGAACAUGGCCUCUUUGGAGUGUUGGUAUGGGUCUGUUUCCCACCUCACCUAAGGAUCUCUGAAUUCCUCUUCAUCAGGUCAAAUCUACUCCCAGCAGAGCUCCCUCAGAGAAGGUGGUUGGUUCUAUGGUAGGUCCCAUCCCAGCGGGACCACACAAUGGCUUCUGAACUGCUCUGUACUUGUUCUUCUCUGUCUCUCCUCAUGCUCUUCUUUCCACCUAAGAAAACUGCUUCCAUCUCCAAAUGUUGAAUUCUUCCCUGUUCCUCAAGUCCACCUGGAUAGGAGCUUCUCUAAUGUGACCUCUGUUUCUUGCAAACUUUCCUUGCACACAGURCUUUCUGUGUCCCUCUGUUUUACUAUCAAUGAGUGUCCUGGAUGUGGGAGGCAUCGUCACUCAAACUAGGGGCAACUGCCUGGURAGGGCUUCCUUCACCCAUGAAUCCCUUGCAGGUCCUUGAUAAAUGCCUGAUGAAGACUGAUCUCUUGAAUCUCAUAUGUACCCAGAAUUAAUUCCACCUYAUUCUCUUCAUAUAACCAAAGCUUCAUCAUCUGUAGAAAUAUCUUUAAUUUAGGAAUUCCCUGGUUUUAAGYACCAAAUCCUUACUCAAAUAGAUAGCUUAAACCUUUCCCAUCAGAGAAAGGGUGAUUAUACUUUACAGAACUUAAAGAWUUCUCCUUCAAAAAGAUAACUUGARCCUGAAAUGCAAAAUGCAGGGAGGAAUUUGGAAACCAUUCUUUCUAUGGAUACUGUCAAGGCUGGGGAUGACUUGGGCCUCCUGAAUUUAUUCUUUUUAUUUUUUAUUUUAUUUUUUAAGAAAUACAGGUGGUUGAUGGUGGUUUUAGGAAAAGUAAUYAUAGCGUGUGUAUUAAUAUAGGAAUGGAAAACCCAUUUUUGCCUACAGUUUUAAGUUCUGGAUGAUUCCCUUUUAUAUGUAUGUUGUUUUUCAUUAAGUGGUUA